UGGGUUCUCCCUUUCUGAAUUGCCUGAAAAGGGGAAAGCAAAAACGAACGGUGCUGAUAAACUUGAUUCUCUCAUCUCAGUCGUCUCCUUUCUCCUACCUUCACCAUCGUCCGAUCCAUUCCACCACUCCAUUUCCACCCGAUCUAAAUCCCUUCCCUCUCCCGCGCCCAAAUUACAAAUCCCCUUCCGUUUCUUCUCCCACCAGGGUAGUGAAGAACAUGGCUGAUGCUCCGGCGAGCCCUGGCGGAGGUAGCCAUGAGAGCGGUGAGCAUAGUCCGAGGUCUAAUGUUCGUGAACAGGAUAGGUUUCUUCCGAUUGCGAAUAUUAGUAGGAUCAUGAAGAAGGCUCUUCCUGCUAAUGGUAAGAUUGCGAAGGAUGCCAAGGAGACCGUACAAGAAUGUGUUUCGGAGUUCAUCAGUUUUAUCACUAGCGAGGCUAGUGAUAAAUGUCAAAGAGAGAAACGAAAGACGAUUAAUGGAGAUGAUUUGCUUUGGGCUAUGGCGACUCUUGGAUUUGAGGAUUAUAUCGAUCCGCUAAAAACCUACUUGACGAAAUACAGAGAGACUGAGGGUGACACUAAGGGGUCUGCUAAAGGUGGCGAUGCGUCAGCUAAGAAGGAAGCUCAUCCAACCCCUGGUGCUCAGGUUGCUCAUCAAGGGACGUUUUCCCAAGGAGUUAAUUAUGGAAGUUCUCAAUCACAAGCCCAGCAUCUGAUGGUCCCUAUGCAAGGCACCGACUAAAAUUGCCUCGAAAUCGACCAUUUAAACUGUUGAAUACGGAGAUCGUUGUUCAGCAUAACAGCAAAAAAUCGAGUCUAUUUAUUUGAAGUUUGGGUGGUUUCAAUACUUUGUAGAAACAGUUGAAAUGUUGUAUAUUAUUAUGGCUCUUGUUUAUUGGAUUGGAAUAGGACACAACAUUUAAGAGAUUCCUUCCAAGUCCUGGGGAUCCCAUUUAUUGGUGACUUGUAGUAAACCUUACAACCCUAGCAAGGACUUGGAUGGAAGAUCUUGAAAAAGACCCUUCACAUUUUCUUUAAUCAUUUCCCUAAUCAAAACAAUAAAUUUGUGUUCUCAGGAAUGAA